GUACCCGUUUGAUUUUUCUUUACUUGAAGUAAGUCUUCGAGAAGAGGAAUGUCCUCCCACGUGGUGCCGAGGACAUCUGUUAGUGAGAAAUGAAGGCCUGAGAGAGAAAGGAGAGGAGGAGGAGGAGGAGGAGGAGGAAGGGGACUUACAUUAAUACAAGUGGGGGAAAAGAAAGGAGGUGAAGGAAGAACAAGAGAGCACGCAGAGAGGUGGAAACAAGGAGGAGAGAGAGUGACAUCAGCUAGAGGAGACCACUCUUUCCACAGAACAGCAGAGUGGGGAUAACAGACGCUCAUGUGAGCAGCCUCAGUGGCGGCAGCAGUGACUGGUGAGAGAGAGGAGGAGAAGAGAGAGGAAGAGAGCGGGGAUAACGGAACCACCACCAUCAUUCUGAUCGGAUUCACACCAGACAUGUGAGAAGAUGUCCGUGGGCGGCUGCGCGUGUCCCGGCUGUUCCUCCAAGUCCUUCAAGCUGUACUCCCCGAAGGAGCCCCCAAACGGUAGCACUUUUCCCCCUUUCCACCCCGGCACCAUGCUGGACAGAGACGUGGGUCCCACCCCGAUGUAUCCUCCCACAUACCUGGAGCCCGGAAUAGGGAGGCACACACCAUAUGGCAACCAGACAGACUACAGAAUAUUUGAACUCAACAAGCGGCUACAGAACUGGACAGAGGAGUGUGAUAACCUGUGGUGGGAUGCAUUUACUACAGAGUUCUUUGAAGAUGAUGCCAUGUUGACCAUUACUUUCUGUCUGGAGGACGGACCCAAACGUUACACAAUUGGCCGGACGUUGAUUCCGAGGUACUUCCGGAGUAUAUUCGAGGGCGGUGCCACUGAGCUCUACUACGUGCUGAAACAUCCCAAGGAGUCCUUCCACAAUAACUUUGUCUCCCUCGACUGUGAUCAGUGCACCAUGGUCACCCAGAAUGGAAAGCCCAUGUUCACACAGGUGUGUGUAGAAGGGCGCUUGUACCUGGAGUUCAUGUUUGACGACAUGAUGAGGAUAAAGACGUGGCACUUCAGCAUCAGACAACACCGUGAACUCAUCCCCCGCAGUAUACUGGCCAUGCAUGCCCAGGACCCACAGAUGCUGGACCAGCUGUCCAAAAACAUAACAAGAUGUGGCCUGUCGAACUCCACCCUUAACUACCUCCGACUGUGUGUGAUUCUGGAGCCCAUGCAGGAGCUGAUGUCCAGACACAAGACAUACAGCCUCAGCCCCAGAGACUGCCUCAAGACCUGCCUCUUCCAGAAAUGGCAGAGGAUGGUGGCACCACCAGCUGAGCCAUCAAGACAGGCGCCAAACAAACGGCGGAAGCGUAAGAUGUCCGGUGGCAGCACCAUCAGCGGAGGAGGAGGAACUAAUAACAACAACAACAACAAAAAGAAGAGCCCAGGCAGUGGCUUCCCUCUGUCCAGCCAAGUUCCAGAUGUGAUGGUGGUGGGAGAGCCCACACUGAUGGGAGGGGAGUUCGGUGACGAAGACGAGCGUCUGAUCACACGGCUGGAGAACACGCAGUUCGACGCGGCCAACGGCAUAGACGACGAGGACAGCUUCAACAACUCUCCGGCGCUUGGCUCCAACUCGCCCUGGAACAACAAGGCCCCCUCCAGCCAGGAGAGCAAGAGCGACAACCCCACCUCACAGGCAUCGCAGUAGAGCCCAGAGCCCCGCAACCUCAACACAAACCCCUCUCUGCCACCCCCCAGACCUCCGACCCGACAGCCACGAGUGCAACAGUCCAUCGCCUGCUCACCAACCCAGACAUCACUGUAGAGCUCAGAUUCAUCACACAGGUGGCCCGAGGGGGCUCAGCAUGUCUCAGACAAUGUCACUGAGCCGUUGCUGUGACUUCCCAUAUUUAGGCACUGUGUCCCACCUCUGUCUCCCCUUUUCCUCAUCUCACACUCAAAAAUGUCCCAUCUGCUCUCGCUAAUUUUCAGUUCGGACAGCAAUCGGGUAGAUGUGACCAAGGAGGCGCAGGGAUUAAAUCCAGGGGAGAACUGUGCACACUAAACUACUCACACUGAAGUUCACAUGUAGGGCAGGGCGGGGCGGAGGGGAUGGCGGCAUCGGGGCUUCGAGAUUGGUGGCGAGUCGCUUAGGGACCACUUGUCCACCCGUCCUCUAAACAUGCCUCUCAAUUCUGGUCUGCUCUGUUGAUGCACAAGUCACUCGUAAUGUUUGUUAAUAGAGUAUAUGUGUGCGCGCGUGUGUGAAAUGUGUGAGGAGCGAAAAGAGUGUUUGUGGCUUUGCUGAAGCAGACAGACCAGAAUUUAGAGUCCGUCUAUAAAAACCAUUGAAAUUCACACACUAAUAGGAGAGCUGAAAUGUGGCACUAGGGAAACAUCACACAUAAACACACACACAAACAAAUAAACAUAAUGAUUGAAGGAUUUUGAGUCCCCUAGUGCCAGAGCCAUCUCUGAUUAGACUACAACGGAUGCAGUCUUUCAAACAGAGAGCAUUUACAACACACACACACACACAAACACAUGCACAUACACACAGUUACACAUUUUAAGAGUUUUUAUACAGUAUAUAUUUCCCUAGAAUGUUUUUUAAUUUGUAUUAAACGCCUUCAUUUCAAUUGUUACUUUUUUAUUUUCUACCAAUACUGAAAAGCUACAGACCAAGGAGCAACACAGGACUUUUAUCCCUCCCCCCUCUAAAAUAUAUUGUUUUUAUCUUUUAUGUUUAUAAAAGAGAAAUAAUUUAGUGUGGAUGUUUUUAUUUUGUCUUUUCGUUCCUUUUUUGGAGAUUUAAAUUUGUGUAUUUGUGCUUGUAUAUUUAAGGUAGUAGCAAAGUUCUGUCUGACUGUAAUAAAAUGUAUUCUUACUUAGAUUUACCUAAAGCCAUCCCGAUCUAAUGUAAAGAAACAAAAAUAGGAAAAAGGAGAAAAAACACUCAUGACCCUAUCCCCCUCUAUCUUCCCACCUGCUCUUUCCUCUUCCCUCUUUUUUAAAACUUGUGUAAAUUAAAUUACAAAACCUCCGGGGGUACAAUGGCACCAUGGAGUAAUGAUUUUACUGUUUCAGUUGAUUUUUCUUUUUUAUUUAUUUUGGAAAUUUUAGAAAUUCACACAUGUAUUUCAUCUAUACAGGAAGUGAUUUUUUUCACUUAACAUUCAUCACAAUUUUGUGUACUGCAACUUUCAACUUGAUGUCAAGUGAAUGUGCUCACUGAAUUUUAGUUAACCGGUGAAUUUCAUAUUUCAUCACUGGCUAAGACCGAUCUUUUUUUUUUUUUUUUUAAAUUCAUUUUUGUCUAAAUUGCCUUCAUUUGUGCAGUGUCUUUCAUAACCAACAGAAUGAUCCCAUCAAUCAUCCAAACAUCUUCUAAAGCCAGCUUAACAUUAAGUUCAGUCGUCAUGUUGGGUAGCAAUGCUGAGUCUGUAAAGUCUCUGUUUGUUUUGUACAUUUCCAUUUCGUUACAGUUGAUUCCAGCAACAGUUAUGACUGAGUUUGAAUGGUGACUUGUACCUUUUCCAAUCCCUGUAGAAAAAAUCAUUGUUUGAUAUAUAUUUUUUGAUUUGGUUAGUUUCUGCCCUUGAUAAUUAAUGUAUGGUACCAAUAAAAAGAUACAUUUUCACUUUAAAA